AUGGCUGCCACUGCCAAGGACCACCUCGAUGUCGGCGGCAAGAUUGCCUGGCUUUCCAGCCUCGACACCGCCUAUCAGCCUGAGAAGAACUACCGCCGUUCUUCCAUCAUCUGUACCAUUGGCCCCAAGACCAACUCUGUUGAGGCCAUCAACGGCCUGCGCAAGGCUGGUCUGAACGUUGUGCGCAUGAACUUCUCGCACGGUAGCUACGAGUACCACCAGUCCGUUAUCGACAAUGCCCGCGCUGCCGAGAAGUCUCAGCCCGGCCGCCAGAUUGCCAUUGCACUCGAUACCAAGGGCCCUGAAAUCCGCACCGGAAACACGAAGAAUGAUGAGGAUCUCCCCAUCGCCGCCGGCAAGGUGCUGAACUUCACCACCGACGAGAAGUACGCCACGGCUUGCGACACCGACAACAUGUACGUUGACUACAAGAACAUCACUAAGGUCAUUGAGCCUGGCCGCAUCAUCUACGUCGAUGACGGCGUUCUUGCCUUCGACGUCCUCAAGGUCAAGGAUGACAAGACCGUCGAGGUCCGUGCUCGCAACAACGGCUUCAUCUCCUCCAAGAAGGGUGUCAACUUGCCUAACACCGAUGUUGACCUUCCUGCCUUGUCCGAGAAGGACCAGAACGACCUUCGCUUCGGCGUAAAGAACAACGUCGACAUGGUCUUUGCCUCGUUUAUCCGCCGUGGCCAGGACAUUAAGGACAUCCGCACCAUUCUUGGCGAGGAGGGCAAGCACAUUCAGAUCAUUGCCAAGAUCGAGAACCGUCAAGGUCUCAACAACUUCGAGGAGAUCCUCGCCGAGACGGACGGUGUCAUGGUUGCCCGAGGCGAUCUCGGUAUCGAGAUUCCUGCCGCCGAGGUAUUCGCUGCCCAGAAGAAGAUGAUUGCCCUCUGCAACAGGGCCGGCAAGCCUGUCAUCUGCGCCACUCAGAUGCUCGAGUCAAUGAUCAAGAACCCUCGCCCCACCCGCGCCGAGAUCAGCGACGUCGGUAACGCCAUCACCGACGGCGCCGACUGUGUUAUGCUGUCUGGUGAGACCGCCAAGGGUAGCUACCCCAACGAGGCUGUCUCUGAGAUGCAUGAGGCCUGCCUCAAGGCGGAGAACACCAUUCCCUACGUCUCCCACUUCGAGGAGAUGUGCACCCUUGUCAAGCGCCCCGUCAGCGUUGUUGAGUCUUGCGCCAUGGCUGCUGUCAGGGCCUCUCUCGACCUCAACGCCGGCGGUAUUAUCGUUCUCUCCACCUCGGGAGAGUCCGCACGCCUGUUAUCCAAGUACCGCCCCGUUUGCCCCAUCUUCAUGGUCACAAGAAACGCCUCGGCGUCUCGCUACGCUCACUUGUACCGCGGCGUAUACCCCUUCCUGUUUCCCGAGGCCAAGCCCGAUUUCAGCAAGGUCAACUGGCAGGAGGAUGUCGAUCGCCGCAUCAAGUGGGGCGUCGAGCACGCCCUGGAGCUUAACGUCGUCAGCAAGGGUGACACUCUCGUCGUUGUCCAGGGCUGGAAGGGCGGCAUGGGCAACACCAACACUCUGCGUAUUGUCAAGGCCGACCCUGAGCACCUCGGUAUCGGAACGUUGUAA